CUUCAAGAUCGCAAGGCCUUAACAAGCAACCCACGCUUUCAGAUUUAUAUCUAACAACACGCAACCUGUAUUCGAUCUCUUUUAACCAACCUUGGGGAAAUUUCAGAAACAAUGGCGGGUUACGACGACGACGACGACGAAUCGUACGAGCAACGCUCUCAAUCCUACGACGCAAAGAAACGCAAGAGAUCCCGAUCGCCAUCCAGAAAUGGCAACUCUUCCUCCCGCCAAGGUGAAAAGCGCGAAGACGGUGGCACCGAUGAGCUCCCGCAGCCAUACAACGCAAAGGAACUCCAGCCCGCGAAGCGACGAGCUGUCUCUCCAUCGGAGCAGCCUCGUAAGCUAAAGAGACCCGGCGCCCGGGCACGCAUCUCUGAAGCUGAACGAGAAGCAAUCCGCCAGCGAGCACUAGAGCGAGAGAGGGAACUAGAGGCACAGGCACAGGCUGCUGCGGAGCGCCAACGUAGUGUCACCAGCAAUGACGUGGUUACGCAACAUUAUAACAGCGUGCCCGAACGCGGCAGGGAUUGGAGACGAACAGACAGCAAGAUCAAGGGACUCCGUGCCUUCAAUAACUGGGUCAAAAGCUGCAUCAUCCAGAAGUUCUCGCCAGAUGAGGAUUAUACCCCCGGCUCUCGGGAGCAGGGACUUUCUACUGAGAAGGAUCUACUCGUACUCGACAUUGGGUGUGGAAAGGGAGGUGAUUUGGGCAAGUGGCAGCAGGCGCCGCAGCCAGUGGAGCUCUACGUCGGUCUGGAUCCAGCGGACAUUAGUAUCGACCAGGCUCGGGAGCGCUAUCGCCAGAUGGGCAGUCGCGGAGGCGGUGGCAGGGGCGGCAGAGGGGGCUACAGACGGCCACCCCCGCGACUUUUUGAAGCUCGGUUCCAUGUCAAGGAUUGUUAUGGCGAAAAUAUCGAGGAUAUCGAAAUUCUCAGACAGGUCGGGUUCGACACCAACCCCCUCAGCCGACGAGGAUUCGACGUCGUGAGCAUGAUGUUCUGCAUGCACUACGCGUUCGAGACGGAGCAGAAGGCCCGCACUAUGCUGCGCAACGUUGCCGGUUCGUUGAAGAAGGGGGGUCGUUUGAUUGGAUGCAUUCCCAACUCCGAUGUUCUUGGCGAUCAUGUCCGGAAGUUCAACGAGCAACAGGAAGAGAGAAAGAAGAAGGCUGCCGAGGGGCCGCCUCAGGAGGCCGAGGAAGGCGAGCUGGAAGACGGUGAAGCGGAACAGUCGGCGGAAUGGGGCAACUCCAUCUACCGAGUCCGAUUCCCGGGCAAGACCCCGGCGGAUGGUGUAUUCCGGCCCGCUUUUGGCUGGAAGUACAACUUUUUCCUUGAUGAGGCUGUAGAGGAGGUGCCUGAGUAUGUCGUACCGUGGGAGGUACUCAGAGCUCUGGCUGAAGAUUACAACCUUGAGCUGCAGUAUCACAAGACGUUCAUGGAGAUCUGGGAGUCGGAAAAAGACGAUGAGACAUUGGGUCCUCUGAGUGAGAGAAUGGGCGUUCGGGAGCGCGGUGGUGGACGCCUUCUGGUCUCACCAGAGGAGUUGGAGGCAGCAAGCUUCUAUACUGCUUUCUGCUUCUACAAGGUUUGAUCAAUAAAGCAUGCAUGUAACAAUACGGAGGCUAAGGCAGGUGUUCUUGGGGAGGAAACCUCGGAAAAGGAUACGGGGUUCGGUAUCGUUCUUCAGUCUCACAGACCUCAGCACAUAUCCGACCAUGGGAUUUAUCAACUAUGCAUCAGCUUUUCACAUUCAAAAGUGAGAGAGAGCAGGCAUGUUGGCCUAACGUGUCUAGCUUCUAGAUGGAUGAGAGCAGGUCUUCUCUUACUUAUUUCAAGUCAUUACAUGUUCCAGUUAGCAGUUUUUGCUCCUAAUAUAUCAAUGCCCUC